AUGUCGCUGGCCGCGUUGUUGAACGACGAGGACCGCGAAGCGGGCCGUGAAGCGGGCGGUGAAUCGUACGUACAGGCCCUGAUGGACGAGUUUCAGCAAGUGGCGCGGCGAGACCGUGUCGAGCAGCGGUACCAGGACUGGAAGAUGCUGAACUACCAGGAAUUCGAAGUGGUGGGCGAGUGGAACAACCAAGCCCGGGAGCUGGGCAGCCACGGGUGCGAGAAGCUCGUGGCGAACAUGGAGGAGAAACGACAAGAAGCAGCGCGGUUGCAGGAGUUCCUGGAACAGCGUGAACGGGCUGUGGAACAGUACUGGGAGCGGCAAGACCGCGCUCGCGAGCUGCGAGCGCGUGAGGAAGAAGAAGAGCGUGCGGAACGGGCAGAGUGUGCGAAGCGCGCCGAGAGAGAAGCUGUGGGCCGAAAGGGACCCGUGGUGAGUGGCGACGACAAGAUCGAGGCCAGCGUUGAAAACAGCGACGAGGACGUCGAAGACGUCGAAGACGUCGAGGAUGUUGACGAAGACGUCGCCAACGGAGAAGACUACGAGCCCGAGGAAGUCGUUUUUCAAGACGACGACGCCAACGACAAAGAUUUCAUGCUGGAAGACGACGCCAAGUCGGACGCCGGCAAGCCCAAGAAGGUCGACCUGUCGUCCGAGCGCAACAAGAUCCGGCGCGAGAUCGCGAAAAUGGUGAACAAGAACAAGAACGUCAAGGCCAAGAAACGGAGAUUCACGAACUCGACGAUAAUCGACCACGAUCCGGGCGAGAAACUGGAGCUCAAGAUCACGCUCAAGCAGUACCACGUGCGGCAGCUCAAGAAACUCAUCGCGGAGCAGAAACGACUUCGUGAAGAAGCCGCUGCAGGCUACAAUGGAGGCGGCGAAAACGGCGGCAUCAGUGGUGCCGGUGCCGCUGGCGCUGGCGCCGGUGAAAACGGGGACGGCGACAACAGCGCCGGCGGCGCAGGUGCAGGAGGUCCCGCCGCGAAACGACGCAAGACUGGCAAAAGCGACGGUACCGGUGGCAUACAAUCGACUGUCGACGGGUUGCCCACAUACGGCAUGAAGAUGACCGUUAAAGAAGCCCGCGCCGUCCAGCGUCACUACGACAACACCUAUUUCACGAUCUGGAAAGAUUUGGCGCGCAAGGACUCGGCCAAGAUCGCCCGGCUCGUACAACAGAUGCAAACUACACGGGCUCUCAACUGCAAAAAAACGUCGUCGUUAGCGGCACGCGAAGCCCGCAAGUGGCAGAUGCGUAAUUUCCGACAACUCAAGGAUUUCCAAACCAAGGCCCGCCGUGGUGUGCGCGAGAUGUCUAGCUUCUGGAAGAAAAACGAGCGUGAGGAAAGAGACCUCAAGAAGAAAGCCGAGAAGGAGGCCAUGGAACAUGCCAAGCGCGAAGAAGAAGAACGUGAAAACAAACGGCAAGCGCGGAAACUCAACUUCUUACUCACGCAAACGGAGCUUUACUCGCAUUUUAUCGGCAGCAAGAUUAAAACCGAUGAGCUCGAGGGCAAUAUGGCCGAUUCUACGCUGAAAAACAAGCCCAAAAACGAUUCCAAAUUGGAUCACAUCGAUUUGGCCAAGACGCAGGCCGCGAAAAACGAUUUCCACGCGAUCGAUUUCGAUAACGAAAACGAUGAGGAUUUGCGGUUGAAAGCGGCCCAAAAUGCUUCUAACGCAUUGCUUGCCACCCAGGCCAAAGCUCGUGAAUUCGAUGCCAACCCAGACGAGGACGAAGAACUCAAUUUCCAAAAUCCAACUUCCCUCGGCGAAAUUACCAUUGAUCAACCUAAAUUACUCACUUGCACUUUGAAAGAGUACCAGCUCAAGGGCCUUAACUGGCUUGCAAACCUUUACGACCAAGGUAUCAACGGUAUCUUGGCAGACGAGAUGGGACUUGGUAAAACCGUGCAAUCUAUUUCGGUGCUGGCACACCUCGCCGAAAGGUACAACAUCUGGGGGCCCUUCAUAGUCGUCACUCCAGCAUCCACUUUGCAUAACUGGGUCAACGAAAUCUCUAAAUUUGUUCCUGAUUUCAAAAUCCUUCCUUAUUGGGGGAACGGAAAUGAUAGAAAAGUGCUCAGAAGAUUUUGGGACCGGAAACAUUUACGGUACGGCAAAAAUGCGCCCUUCCAUGUCAUGAUCACAUCUUAUCAAAUGGUAGUCUCGGACGCGGCCUAUUUGCAAAAAAUGAAAUGGCAGUAUAUGAUUCUCGAUGAAGCACAGGCCAUCAAAUCCUCACAAUCUUCGCGCUGGAAAAACUUGUUGAGCUUCCACUGCAGAAAUCGACUUCUGUUGACCGGUACACCCAUCCAGAAUAAUAUGCAGGAGUUAUGGGCCCUUUUACAUUUUAUCAUGCCCUCUUUGUUCGAUUCCCAUGACGAAUUCAGCGAUUGGUUUUCUAAAGACAUCGAAUCUCAUGCGCAAUCCAAUACGAAGUUGAAUCACCAGCAAUUACGGAGACUGCACAUGAUUCUGAAACCUUUCAUGUUGAGACGUAUAAAGAAGAAUGUGCAGUCGGAAUUGGGCGAGAAAAUCGAGAUCGAUGUUAUGUGUGAUUUAACCCGAAGACAGUCAAAGCUCUAUCAAGUGCUUAAGUCUCAGGUAUCUGCUGCUUACGAUGCAAUCGAAAAUGCAGCCGGGAACGACGAAGCAUCUUCUGAUCAAAACCUUAUCAAUACCGUGAUGCAAUUCAGGAAAGUUUGCAAUCAUCCGGAUCUUUUUGAAAGAGCGGAUGUGAGCAGCCCUUUUGCGUUCGCAGAAUUCGGCGAAACUGCGUCUCUUUUGCGCGAAAGUGAUGAAUUGGAUGUCACGUACUCAACAAAGAACUUCAUUACUUACACUAUGCCGCGACUGAUCUACAAUGAGUUGUUGAUUCCAAGCGUAAACAGCGCCAAAAGCAUCAAAGACAAAUUUCUCAAUCAUUCCAUGAAUAUUUUGCAUCCAAUGAACUCAAGACAACUGUGUCUCGCAUUGGCAUUACUCACCGAUUCUUCUGAAAAUGAUCUUUUCAAAAAUUCUCAAACUAAUGUGCUCCGCAAGGCAAUUCAGCUUGCAAGCUCUUGCGAUUAUUCCAUUGACGAACUCAAAGCCAGAUCUCUCCGCGUGGCACAUUCAUUUUCUGUGCCCGAUAGAACGACUUUACUUGUUAACCAAAGCCACCAAACGACAGGUGGCGUUUUAGAAUCUUUGCUGAAUGUCAAAUCUCAAAUUUACGAAGAUCAGUACAUGAACGUUUGGCAACCUGCAUAUCAUCCUGCAGCUUGCGCUCCUCCAGUUGAACUCAAAGUUUUGGGUUCUAAGCAUUUCGAUUCCACCUUUAAGAGAGAGCUUUUCGAGCCGAAGGUCACUCGGGCUCUAAACCCAAUAGCACCAAGAAUUCAACAAGAGAUGUUCACCAAGCAUAAAAUCCCUGUUUCUGAAUUCCCUAAAUCUGACCUGUAUCCAAAGCCUCUUAACAAGAGCUUCACUUCCACCAUAUCUAUGCCUUCGAUGGAUAGAUUUAUCACAGAGUCCACGAAAUUAAAGAAGCUCGAUGAGAUGCUGGUGGAUCUCAAGAAGGGCGACCAUAGAGUUCUAAUUUACUUUCAAAUGACGAAAAUGAUGGAUUUGAUGGAAGAGUAUCUGACAUACAAACAGUACAAACAUAUUCGUCUUGACGGUUCUUCAAAGCUUGAAGACCGUAGAGACCUUGUCCACGAUUGGCAAACAAGACCAGAAAUUUUCAUUUUCCUGCUCAGUACAAGGGCCGGUGGACUUGGUAUCAACUUAACAGCAGCAGAUACGGUCAUUUUUUAUGAUUCAGAUUGGAACCCUACCAUAGAUUCACAGGCCAUGGAUAGAGCUCAUAGAUUGGGUCAAACGAGACAAGUCACUGUCUACAGAUUGCUUAUCAAAGGAACCAUAGAGGAAAGAAUGAGAGACAGGGCAAAACAAAAAGAACAUGUUCAGCAAGUCGUCAUGGAGGGCAAGACUCAGGAGAAAAACAUUCACGAAGUGUCCGCAAAUGGCGUAUCCGCCUUUCCCCGUGCAAAUACUAAGUUUUAA